UAUGAUCAUUGUAUUUGUUCUACCUCUAUUAUUGUUACUGAGGUUGGGUUUCAAUUGCAGGGUGUAGAUCCUGUAGUGAUGAAAUAUGCUGGGCUAAACCGAGAAGCUGUCAACAUCGCUGUUGCAAACUAUGGUGAUAAUCCCACAAAGGUUCAUGAAUUUGCAAAUGGGUUCAGUGCGAUAAGGGAGAUGGGGUUCCCAACGAACGCUGUUGCAGAUGCUCUCUUCAUGUUCGAGAACGACACUGAGAAGGCAUUGUCACAUUUGCUCCAUGGUUCUUCUUGAACUUUUUUUAGACUUUCAAAUUAUCCUCCUUCUAUAGUGUGUAAGUAAAACAUCGAAUAAUGUAAAAGAUUGACAAAAGUAUAAACAUUGUUUUCUUUCACUGUGUAAAUGGAUGUGAUUUGUUUUGGGUGGAGACAAAACUUUGUCAGUAAAGCUAUCUAUUUCACUG